GUCACACUCUUUUAACCGUCACUGAAGUUAACAUUUUUUAGGGUCGGAUAUGUGAGUGCUAACUGUAUGUUGGUAUCGCUCAGGUGAUAAAGACUUAACACUGGCAUAUUGGCUUCACAGUUAGUACACAUCUAUAUUCUAUGUUUCUAUUGAUUAAGUUAUUGUGUAUAUUGCAAAAUAAACACUAACCCAUUUAUGGCACCAAUUUUACAAAUCUGCUGCCUCCACACUCUCACAGCCUAAUAUCUGUGUUAAGAUGGUAGUCCUAUAAGGUACUUCAUAUUGAGGUCAUUGGGCUUGUUGGGUUUCUGCAUGGUGGAGACAUUGUCUUCAUAUCUGAUACACAACUGUGUGCUAUCCUCGCAGUCAAGUUAUAGGUGUCCGUUUCUGUGUUAAAGUUGACUGUUUCAGUGGCACAUCAUUUUAUCCUCUGACCAUCACAAUACAGACAACAGGCCUUGAGAUAGUGCCUUCACAUAAUAUUAAAGAAGAACAAAAAACAUUCACACCAUUUUCUCACUCAUGUUUUGCAGACUGGGGAUGACUCCCAAGAGAGCUGAUGCCUAAAAGAAAAAAGAAAAAGAUAUCCAAUGUUAAAGCAAAACCAAAAAUUGCACCAAGUAAAGAAAAAGUGGACAUUGUUAGUAAAUUGGAGGAGCUGGAAAAGAAGGAUGAAGAAGGAAGUCUAAUGGUGAAGGAGAAGAGAAGAAGAAAACAGGAGGAAGAACCAGCAGAGGAGGAGUAUGAUGAGGAGGAGUUUGAGGAGGAAAAUGACUACAUUGCUUCAUACUUUGAAGAUGGGGAUGACUUUGGCGGGGGAAGUGAUGACAACGUUGAUCAAGCAACUAACUGUACUGUGCAUUUACAUCUGUUUGCAUACAACAUCUGCAGGCACUUCUCAGUGAAUGAAUGGUUAUUUUAUGCUAUGAUGAUAAAUAUCAACAUAAAAAACAUCCUGUGCGGUUUUGGGACACUUGGACAUAAUAUUUUGUGUUCAGUAUCCUCGAAUGCUAUCGAGAGUAUGACUGGUAUCAUUCAAUAAGAAGCAUUUCUGUACAAAUGAGCCCCACUGCAACUCGUACAAUCAGCCACACAGCACCAGUGAAGAGUCUGCUUUCUAGAAUUCCAUUUCCAUGAGGUAUGUUUCUGGGUGUGUCUGACUAGCGAGUUUUGCAUGUUUUGCAUGUUUGUACACAGUGCAAAUUGUGACCCUGUCCAAAAUGACUUCCUUUAGACAACUGCCAAUGAAAAAAUGUCCAUGUCAUGAUAUUCCUGUUUAUUUAAAACUACAUUUGUGCAGAUUGAAAGGGAUGGUUAAUUUCUCCAGAUUAUGCAUCUGUUAUAAAAAUCAUGUAAAGCUUCAGAUUAAUUUUGGAAAAUAAUCCAUAUCCUAAAGUACUUGAAAUAUGAAAAAAAUAGGCCAUGCCCACGAAGUAAAACAGGUUAAUACAAUUACUGUAACUUGUGUUGUCUAGCAAGCUCAGCCCACAAGUCAGUUUUCAAACAUUCUACCUCUAAUAAUUUAAUAGCAUAUUGUAGAUAUUUAAAAACAGUUCUUGUUUAACAUCUGCAUAUCUGUGUAUCUCUGUAUAAGUAAGUAGGUGUGAGUAUUCAUUGGAACUCCCUGCUUUGCAUGGUUAUCUUUAAUAGACAGGGUGCAUUAUGUAUCUCUGAAAACUCUGCAGGUAUAUGAACUUUGCAGGUAAUGUCUUUGCAAAAUGGUGUGCUUUGUGGCAUAGUCACUCAAUUGACUUUCACCUUAAACUCAAUAUCAAUGUGGUAUUCUAUGGCAGUACCUGCUGUGUAAGUAUGUUAUUUAAUGCACUUCCAGAGGCGGACUGGUACCCGACACAUGGAAUCCAUAGACAUAAAUGUGGCAGUCUGGCUGUGAAUGCUUUAUUUCUGAUUGAAAUAAACUAUGCGAUUUUUAUUUUAAUAUAAAUGCCAUUUUUUGUUAACUUCAGUACUGCUGAAGCCAGUGGUAUCAAUUUGGAAACACAAUUUGAGUUCUUAUAUGUUUGCAAACUGCCAAAAAUAAAAUGUUACAGAUUUAA